GUUUCUAAACAAAGAAGCCUCAAGCCGUUCCCUGAAGCCACUUUUAUUUCUGUUCCCAGAAAUAGCAAGUGAUGGAGCUCCUUUCCAGUGUCUCCGGAUCCUCCGUCUUGUCCCUGACCUGCUUGUUUCUCCUCUCCCUGCAUGGCUGGCCAGGUGCCAGUGCCCAGACAAAGGAGAACUUCCAGCUGCAGCAGCCCCAGGCGGAGGUGUCCGUGUCCCUGGGGCAGACGCUCACCCUGCACUGCGCCGUGUCUGAGCUCCCUGUAGUGGGACCCGUGAAGUGGCUGAAGAAUUUGGGCGGCAGGGAAGAGCUCAUUUAUGAGCAGAAAGGCUCCUUCCCCCGCGUAACGAGGGCAGUGAAUGAAUCCAGCACAAACUUCACCAUCCACAUCAGUGACAUCCAAGUCAAGGAUGCCGGGACCUAUUACUGUGUGAAGUUUAAGAAAGGAGACGGGCAGGAUGAGCGGUAUGCGUCGGGACGGGGCACGAAGGUGUUUGUGCGUGGUGAGUGGAGCCCUCGGCCGUGCCGCGACCCCCCAGAGCAGCUCCCGGCCGGGAAGCAGCCCCACAAUUUAAUCCUCAUAUACAUCGCAGUGGGAGUGAUCUGUGCUGUGCUGGCCCUGCUGGUGGUUGCUAUUCUCUACCUCAUCCGGACAAAACAGAGCAAAGGUAAAAGCUCCCCAUCUGUUAGGUUACAUGAACCAGAGAAGAGUAGUGGGGCAGCUACCCAGGAGUCUGAUCCCAACAACCUGACCUAUGCAGACCUGAACUUUGAAAAAGAAAAGAAGAGUAUCCGCCGGAUCAUUGAGAUGAGUCAGCAAUCAGAGUAUGCCUGCAUCCAGACCAGCCAAGCCCCUGCCACUGAUGACACCCUCACCUAUGCUGACCUAGACAUGGUCCAUCUCAGCAAGGCACCCAAGAGACCUGCCCCUCGCCCUGAGGAAGCUGGCUCAGAGUAUGCCAGUGUCCAGAUCCAGAGAAAGUGAGCAGGGCUGCAGCUGGCUGGGGUUCAUGGGGGUGUUGGUGAUAUGCAAUGGGACCCUGCCUUGUGGGGAGCAGCCCUGGUCCUCCACGGAUGAAUUUUGACAGAGGCACUGAGUGAGAGCACUGUGGAGAUGUAUGUUGAGCUAUGUUACCUGUGUUUUGGCAUGGAAAUGCUGUCUGCAGCGCUGGGAGGCUACUGCAGCCCAUUGCAGCUGCAUCAUCAGCUGGGAGUUUGCACCCCUUGCACAAAGACCCUGACUUUGAAUUACAACUCGGAGGGCAGCUUGGUCACUGGACUGCUAAUUCUUUCUCUUUGUGAUCCCUUACAUGGCUGAGGAGGCUGCUCAGCCUCAGUGCACUGGGUUUGAUUGCAAGUAUGUUGACUGGAGCAUCUUUUCAGCUAUCCUCUCUUGACCAAGGCCCACAUCUCCUGGGAGAAACGGAGCUCUCUGCAGCUUGUCAGGAAGCUUGAGCUAUGCUGAGGGGACCCAGGUACUCUGCUUCAAACCGGCCCUCUGAAGGAAAAGGGGCUGCUGUGGGAUAUGAGCCGCGGCAGUGCUCUGCAUUGCUGUGUGAGGCUGCGGAGUGUCUGGCUGCCUGGGUGUCAGUAACCUGCCUGGCAGGAGACACUGCUGCUUGGCCAGGCUUGUCAUGACUUCCCACAGUGAUCCUGUCCCCAGCAGGUCUCUGCUGGGGAUCCAGCGCUACGUCUCCUGGGGCUCUCCUGCCACUUGUUCUGGGGAAGCACAGUGUGUGGAACACAGUAACUAUGGUUUUAAAAGAAGGAUGCAAGUGUCCACCUGUCUAUCUUCGUAAGUGUCUCUUCUGUGGAACCUCACUCUCACUAAGGCCAAUAAAACCCUUAAGCUGGUAAGGCUUGCGAGAAGGCUACAGUUUUACUGGCUCUCCCUUGUAACGCCAUCCAAGAAGGCUCUUGAGGAGCACAGUCCUCCCAGGGCACAGGCUUUCCCUCCCAUGCUGCUGGAGUCCCAGGCUGGACAGCACCCAAACAAGGACUGCAGCUCCCAGGCUCACAUCUCUGGCACAGUGUGUCCUUCUCGUGAGAGCUUUCUCCCUAACUGGGACAAACCAGCCUUUUCCUGGGCUUGUACAAGGAGUCCAGCUCCCCUUUGCUUCUGAGCACCAGCUGAACUGGUCCUUAGGUGCCUUCAGCACCUCCUUUUAGCCAGCCCCAUGUCCCCUGCCCCCAUCCUGUUCUCAUUCAUGAGGAGAGCAUGUGGGAACAGAAAGGAGCCUGGAUCCCAAAAGGGAAGGGUUUCUCACAGAUAGCAUAUAACAUGUUUUGACUGUUUGACAUGUAACUGUUAAUUUUUAGAGCUAAAAACCACUGUUUUGUGUGUUGUAUGUGGGUGUACUGCUGUGUACUUAGCACUAGGGUAAAAUGUGCAAAAAUAAGAUCAAGGCCUCAGUAAAGGGCCCCUAAACCCCUUA